AUGACAGUUGGACGGCUGUUGUUUGCCCUUGAGUUUUUGCACACAGAAGCCGAGAUAAUCCAUGCUGAACUAGAUCUGAAGACCGAUAAUGUGAUGCUCAGUCUAGAAGAUACCACCAUAUUGAGAGACUUUAUGAAAUCAGAAGCCGAAAGUCCCAGUCCGCGGGAGAAGAUUGACGAGUCACGUAUCGUGUACCAGAGCCGGGAAUUUGAAGGCAAAGGUUAUGGCCUUCUAGUUCUAUGUGGGUCUGGCGAGGCGCGAAUUGGAAAAAGACAUGAGUCCAGCCCAUUCGUCCAGCCGAAUACUUAUAAAGCACUAGAGAUCAUAUUCGAAAUGCCGUGCGGGAGUGCUCUUGAUAUUUGGAACCUGGCGGGGUUGUUACGCACUGCGCCUGCGUACCUGUCAUGCUGUAUUAUCUGGGACCCCUUCAAGCAUCUGGCACUCAUGGUUGCCUUAAUUGGGCCACCACCGAGCGAAUUCGUCAAGCGUAGUGAGGCAACUGAGCAGUGUUUUGGUCCAGGUGGUCUCUGGAUUGCCCAUGAACAUGCAGCCAUACCACCGGUCUCUCUGGAGGGCAGAGAGAGGCGACUAUCUGGGCAAGAGAAAGAAUCGUUUAUUCGAUCUAUGGGGUCGAUGCUCAAGUGGCCGCCAGAGGAACACAGCACGGCAAAACAGCUGCUUGAGGGCCCAUGGUUUGAUACCUUCUAAUGAGAAAGAGGUUUACUGAGUGAGAGCCAGUUCCCAUAAAGUAGUUACCUAAGUACUUACUUAGAAGAGCUGAAUAUAGGGACCGAUAGAGCUGUUUUCAUACUGUAACAACAAGGCUGCCUGCUGGAAUAUUCAACUAUGUAUCCAUACUCCGUACAGAGCUCACCUGUUGUCUUCUCCAUUUCUGAUAGUCUGGCACAUUAACUUUGUUUAUUAUUGUGUCCACCCCCUGUGCCCCCGAGGACAGGCCUGAGCCCAUGAUCAAACUCUACAUCAAACAGAAGUUUCUCCCGCGAU